UUCUAAAGUAUUUAAAUUCUUAAUAAUUAUAAUAUUAAUAUUGAUUUUGUAUGUUGUUUUAUUAUAAUAAUUUUGUCAUUUACAAGGGUUAUUGAUUGAAUUGAACGUUUGGGAUGAUGGUUUUUCUGCAACUAUUUUAUAUAUAUCAAAUGUAAUUAAAUUUAGAGACUAUUUUAUAUUUUAUACAUUAUGGUAUAUAUAUAUAUAUAUAUUUGUAUCAUGUCUUAUUCGAUGUUUUAAUCGAAAAAAAUGAAAUUGAACUCCGUGCCUGUAGCAAUGGAAAUGAUUUAACAGCGAAACGUGGCCGCCGGCUCGCAUUCCGAGCUGUGUCGUUCAUUUAAAUUUGUUUGUCGUUCAUCGCAGAGACAUUAACUCCAUACAUUCUGUAUCCGGCCGACCACCCUGCCACAUGACAUUCUUCCAAUUUUAAAAGAUUUUCCUGCUUUUAAUCUCAUCUCCAUUGUUCUUCCGACAACCACUUUCCAUUUGAAGGCCUUCUCCCACAAAAAUACUCUCUUCUCAAUUUGGAGUUUUGGUUACUUGGUCGACUCAUCUUCUUGUCGGUUGCGGCGGCUAUAAGAGGACAUUAUGAAGCUUUGUAGGCUCUUGGUUAUGCUUUUUGUGCUCCACACUUCUCUAUUGCUGCUCUUCUUUUCCAGCAGUAUCUGUUCCUCCUCAAGUUCAGAUAUGACACCAAACCAACCCCAUGUAGUGUCAAAUGAAUGCCUGUCAGCCACACCAUCAAACAGGAAGUUGAAAGUAUGUACUUGCUCUUUGGAGGAUAACGAUGAUAGUAGCCCGGGGAGGAAGAAUGUUCGUGUCGAUAACGUAAAUCUUUACGACUACAGUCCCAUCGAUCCAGUUCCAAGCUCAAAGAGAUCCAUAAAACAUGGACCAAUUGAGCAUCGCUCUCCUCUUAUACCUUAUAUGCCAAAUCCUUCUCCUCCAGAUCAACCUCAGCCGGGUGGUUUUGUGUAGACAGCAGAGACAUAUGUUUCUAUCAGCAAACCGGCCAUGUUAACCUGUAAAUCGUCUUUCGUCUACGUCGUAAAUAGUUGCGCCUCAUGUGACACCGCAGGAGAAUGAAGUAUUGGAAUGAUGGGUUAGAAGAUGUAUGUAUGUGUAGAUCUUGCUCCAUAUAGUUGAAGAGUCUAUAGAUGAUUUGUUUUGUGUAUUUAACACUUGUUUUAGUUGUUUAAUAUAUCUAUAUGGGUGAGGCCUUUUUUGUUGGAUAA